CCUGACGCUUAGCCCUCCCCUCAUUGUUUUUCUGAAUAAGGGGAGAAUACAGCACUACAUGUAAUAUUUGCUCACGCCAAACUGAAAGCGAAGAGCACAGACUCUAUUUGAGCUGUUUUGUUGUUGAACGAGGCAUUAAAAGCGAGUAAUGUAGGACGGAUGGUGUAACGUAAAAGUAUUAGCAGCCUGCUAGCGCUUCACAUAUGUGUUUGUAUGUGUGUGUGAACCCGGGACGCGCAGAGGCUUUUUUACUCAAUAACACUACGAAAGAAAAGUGCGAGAGAAUUUUCUCGGCUAAGCAAAUAUCAGGAGUCGCUGGCUCGGAUUUAGGCUCGUUUUAUGAGCAAGAAGAGAAGAGAGGAGCAGUAAACUUGACUCAGGAAUGACGGACAUCGCUGCAGUGUCGCCACAUUCAUAUAGGUCUGAUUGAGCAGAGCCGUGAGCUACUCAGUGCGUCAGCGCUCGGACGGAAUGAUCCAGCAGGGUGACUAAGAGGAGGAAGAAGGGGGGAGAGGAUGGGUGUGAAUGCCUCCAGCUACCCUCACUCGUGCUCCCCUCGAUUCGGGGGUAACCCACAGACCCAGCAGACCUUCAUAGGCGCCUCCUAUGCACCACAGGGUUAUGGCGGUGAAUCCAAGCUCUACAGCCUAGAACAUGGCCCUGAAAAACCUCAGGACAAAAAGAAAAAGAGCUCCGGUUUGGCCACGCUCAAAAGGAGAUUCAUUAAGCGACGCAAGUCUAGUCGGUCUGCUGAUCAUGCGCGGCAGAUGCGUGAGCUCCUCUCGGGGUGGGACGUGCGCGACGUCAAUGCCCUGGUGGAGGAGUAUGAGGGCACGGCAGCCCUUAAAGAUCUCAGUCUGCAGGCAGGCCUAGCCCGCCCCGAGGCUCGCACCCUGCAGCGUGAUUUAGCCACCCUUUAUCAGCACAAGUACUGCACUGAUGUGGACCUGAUCUUCCAGGAUUCCUGCUUCCCAGCACACCGAGCCAUUCUGGCUGCCCGCUGCCCAUUCUUCAAAACCCUGCUUUCGUCAUCGCCAGGUUACGGGGCAGAGGUGUUGUUGGAUGUUGGGACGGCAGGCAUGGAUGCCCCCAUGUUCUCCUCAUUGCUGCAUUACCUCUACACAGGUGAGCUGGGCUCGGAGGACGUGAGGUUGCAGAAUGUGGAUGUGCUGGUCAGACUGAGUGAGGAGUUCGGUACGCCCAACUCCUUAGAAGCCGACAUGCGAAAAAUCUGUGAGCACAUGCCGUAUUUUGACUCGCUGCUUAGCUUCUCCUCGGACUCUGAGCUGGUUGAUGCUUUCGGAGCAGGUGGACCUGUUCCUAGUGGCGUGGGAGGUGGAAACGCAGGGGUGAACCACAGCUCGCCUGAUGAGGAGCUAAGGGCCCACAAGGCCGUGCUUUCAGCGCGCUCGCCCUUCUUCCGCAACCUGCUGCAACGACGCAUCCGCUCGGGGGAGGAGAUCACCGAGCGAACUCUGCAAACCCCUACCCGUAUUAUCCUCGACGAAUCCAUCAUUCCCAAGAAAUACGCCCGUGUGGUCUUGCACUGCAUGUACACCGAUGCGGUGGACCUUUCGCUAGUGCUGCGGGGGAGCCCUUCUGAAGGCAGUCUGGGUGAAGUUCAGGCACUGGUGGCUGGAAGAGGGUGCAUGAGACGAGCCGAAGAGGCCAUGGAGCUCUACCACAUCGCCCUCUUCUUGGAGUUCAGCAUGCUGGCUCAGGGCUGUGAAGACAUUGUGGCAGACAGCAUCUCGCUGGACUCUGUGGUGGCCAUCCUGAAGUGGAGCUCACAGCCUUACGGCUCCAAAUGGGUUCAUCGGCAGGGCAUGCAAUUCCUGUGUGAGGAGUUCAGCCAGGUCAUGACCUCUGACGUCCUCUACGAGCUUAGCAAGGAGCACCUCCUGGCGGCCAUUCAGUCUGAUUACCUGCAGGCCAGUGAACAGGACAUCCUCAAGUAUGUUGUAAAGUGGGGUGAACACCAGCUCAUCAGGAGGAUGGCCGAUAGAGAGCCUAACCUGUUAAGUGGUACCGCACAUAGUGUGAAUAAACGUGGCGUGAAAAGAAGGGAUCUGGACCUGGAAGAGCUUAAAGAGAUUCUUUCUCCACUGCUGCCUUUUGUCAGAACUGAGCACAUAUUACCAACAAACAGUGAGGUCCUCUCCGACACCAUGAAGAGGGGUCUGAUCAGCACCCCUCCCUCUGACAUGCUGCCCACAGCGGAGGGAGGCAAAGCCAAUGCCUGGCUCCGGCAGAAGAGUGCUGGCAUUUAUGUUCGCCCAAGGUUAUUUUCUCCUUAUGUGGAGGAGGCCAAGGUGGUUUUGGAGGAGAUGAUGGUUGAGCAGAGUGACCUGGUUAGGCUGCGCAUGGUUCGCAUGUCCAAUGUGCCCGACACACUCUACAUGGUAAACAGUGCCGUCCCCCAGUGUUGUCACAUGAUCAACCACCAGCAAAUGGCUGGCAGCCAGACAGCUCCGCCAUCUGUGGUUGCUAAUGAGAUACCAGUGCCCAGGUUGGCAGUAGUGAAGGAAAUGAUCCGUAGGCUGCAGGAGCUGCGUCACACAGACCAGGUGCAGCGAGCAUAUGCUCUGAACUGUGGUGAGGGUGCCACAGUCAGCUAUGAGCUGCAGAUCCGUGUGCUUCGAGAGUUUGGCCUACCUGACGGGGCUGCAGAACUCCUACAGAAUCCGCACAAAUUCUUUCCUGAGGAGCGUUUUGGAGACGAGAGUCCCGUCCUGGCCUUACGGCAGUCAGGUCGCUGCCGAGUCAACAGUACACCAGCUGUGGAGAGCAUGUUCACUGACCUGGAGGCUCUGGUGGGCUUCCGCCCCCCUCUGCCCCCUCCUCCGCCACCUUACCAUCCCCCGGCCACCCCAGGCCAUAGCCAGCAGCAGUAUAAAACGGGCUGGAGACCUCGGGUCCCCACCCAACCUCCCUCCAGAUCUUUCUCCUACCCCUGCAAUUAUGCACUCCUUCACAGGCAGCCCUCUUCCAAGAUGGGUAGCCCAGUAUACCCACCAGGAGCCAAGCCCCUGCCCCCAGACUGCACUAAUGCACAAGGGGGGAGGAAUCUUCAUCCUGACAAGCAAAUGCAGAACAUGGAGCCUGUUAUCAACGAGUUCAUGCCGGACAUCGCUAUGGGUGUUUCGGCAAUGACCCUGAAGGAGCGGCGCCUUCCGGAGGUCUCCAUGGAGGUGGAGAGUCACGAAGCUCACCCUCACCUUUCUGUGAAAGGUACAGCUCCUCCCAUCUCCCACAGCUACUCUAGUCGUCACCCGCACUCUUCCCGUAAGCGGCACGCAGCCGAACCCAAGCCUGAGGCCCCACAGCCUGACUUCCCAGAUCUCUACGAGUUCCCUGGCCGUCACGUGCCUCCCUACAGCGGACCGGACCUCUAUAUCCACGGCCGUCAGGCAGGUGGUGGAGCACCACCUCCGUCCUACUCAGAGGCUUCAGAAUCCCUCCGCUUGGAUGUGCUGGAACAGCCUCCGCAGAGACUAGACUUGGCAAUCGUCUCACAAGGGGGCAUUGCACAAGCUGUGCAGAGGUCAUGGCCCAUAAAUGAGACUGACCUCACCUGUGGGCUUGGCCCCUCCACAGAACAGUAUGAGGAAUGGCCCAUGGGCCACCGGCCUGCUCCAGAAGGAAUGGGGCUGAGCUUAGGAGCGAACGUUGGGUCUGGAGACGAGGGAGGGCUGGGUGCCCGAGACCGCAGGUCACCCAGCAAACCUGAAUACCCCUACAGAAAGUCUGCUCUCUGACCCCUGAUUAAAAAGAGACUGAGGACUGAUUUAAAUGCUAAUUGUAAGCUAACAGGUGAGGCACCAGCAGUCCUGCACUUUGUGUUCUUUCGAGGGCCGACAGUAUCUUGAAGUGUUGAACACCCAUAAGCUACGUGAGUGGCUGCUUUUCUGAAGGCUAAAGGGAGAUGUUGUGUAAACUGUUUUGGAUAGGUUUGAAACCCAGAAGGGAGGAAGGAGAGCUUGGUUUGGUUGUGUGCUCCCUGGAAAGAGUUCAAAAAUGCUAAAAAAAAAUUUAUCUGAGAGGUCCAAGGACUUCAUUAAACAGCCCUGAAAUUUCUUUCAUUGUUCUGUAUAUCCAGGUUCUCAGAUUUCCCUCACAUGCUGCAUAUUAAUGUACGGAUAUCACAGUAUAUUUCUUUUACUUUCAUUUCCCUGAACGGACUGUGAUGAUUGGAGAAAUAUACAUUCAUCUAGAUGCACAGAUUUCAUUCCUUAGGAGUAAAGUGAAAUAUGAAGGCAAUAAGUUGCAAACUCAUUACUUUUUCUAGUCCUUGAAAAAAACGACUCCUUCUGAGGGCAGAGUGGCAGUAAUAGCUUGUGUAAUCUGCUGCAUAUGCCGGCUUUUACAUUAGCCUGUGCAAUUUAAGAGCCGAGAUGGAACAUAAAAGAAAAAACAAGUGAAAUCCCCUGUCUCCUUUGAGGCAACUUAUCAGACAUAACAAUGGCACAGAUGCACCAUUAAAUGUGAAUGGGGCUUUGUUUUAGCGUGUUCCACAACUCAGAUCUGCAGAUUCAUUCCAGUGUAUUUAACUUUAAAAACUAUCUGUCCUCUCAAACAAAAAUUUGGCAUCCUCUUUUGCAUUCAGAUUCUCUUUCCAAGGCUGUAGUUGGUGGCAUUCCUGAGAGACUGCAAAUAUGGGUUAAUCAUUAUCACCCUCGUUCUCUAGAACUGUACAGGACGCUCAACCAAACCAAGCUCACACCACAUCCUCAGUCCUCUGGUUCAGUAGGAUGGCAGCAGUCCAUGGCUGGGAGUUCAUUAGCUUUUCUGUGCUGGUUCUGUCACCAGAUGACCAACAAUUAUGAUGUCAUGAACAGGCUUUGCAAAAAAGAGAAUUCUUGGAAGUGUCAUGGACACAAGGAUUUAGAGUAUUUACUUUUGAUUUGUUACACAACACUUUAAGAAACAAUAUCAUACACACUGCUCCAUACCGUACCUAUAGAUUUAUAGACUUAUUUUAAGCUUUUUUAACAUCUGAAAUGCCUGUAUUCUUAAAUAAUUGUGCAAUAGUGCAGAUUUUUCAUUUUAAAAAUUCAUUUUGCUUUCUUCUCCUUACAACCUUUCUCAGAUUAUACUGACAGCAAAUAUGCAGGCUAGUUCACCCAAAAAUAUUAAUUCUGUCGUCAUUUACUCAUCCUCAUGCUGUU